AUGUUUAAUACCUCAGAAUCCCAGAAAGCUAAAAGUCAGCUGAUAUCAAGCUUGUCUGUGAUUGGUCAGUCAGCUGCCUCAUUGAAAGAACUUCACAAACAACUUGUUGACACUGCUAUACAGAAUUUGACCAGUGACAGUCACCAUAUUAGAAGCAGCUGCCUUAGUUUGAUUGGCCAUUUAGAGUCACAUGAUCUACCAAAGGGAGAUAACAAAGAUGAUGAUGUCACAGAUGUACAAAAACUGUUGGAAAAGUUUUUUCAGGAUCAGGACUCCAGAGUAAGAUCAAGUGCCUUUGAGGCUUUGUUAACAUUUCAUGAGAGGGGUGUGAAAUUAGACGAGAGUUUAUACAAGGCAGCAUGGGAAGCCCUUAAUGAUGAUUAUGAAGGUGUUAGAUUGGCAGCAAUACAAGUAGUCUGGGUCCUAAGUCACUUAUAUCCUGAAAGCGUUGUUCCUGUACCUAACUCUGAUGAAGAGUUACGACUUGUUGAUGACGGUUUUGUUAAAAUAUGUAACAUGAUCAAUGAUAUAUCAGUCAAAGUACGAACUAAAGCGGCCAGUCUACUGGGCUCCUUACAUCUGGUGAGUACAAGGUUCCUGGAACAAACUUUAGACAAAAAGCUCAUGUCAAAUAUGAGGAGAAAGAAGACAGCAUCAGAAAGGGCGAAGGACAAUUAUUCCUCUGGUGUAUGGUCAACAGGACAGAAGUGGGCAGAUGAUGCCCCUAAAGAAGAACUGGAUCCUGAGAGUAUUAAUUUAAUGAAUAUAGGGGCCUGUGGGGCAUUUGUUCACGGUCUGGAAGAUGAAUUCUCAGAGGUGAGAAAUUGUACUCUGGAUUCGAUAUGCGAGUUGGCCUCACAGAACCCGGGGUUUGCGCUGUUAUGUCAGGACAGUAUUGCGGACAUGUUUAACGACGAGAUAGAGAGCGUACGACUUAAUGCCAUCAACAGUCUGAAAAAGCUGAGUCAACAUUUAGAACUACGGGAAGAUCAGCUCGAUAUUAUGUUAGGUGUUCUACAGGACUUUUCCUAUGUGUCAAGAGAAUCUCUGAGAGACAUGUUAUGUGAGAUGAAGUUUGCCACUAAAGAAUGUCUCAAUACUUGUGUUGUAGCACUGCUUGAUAACCUGAGAAGGUAUCCUGAGGACAGGCUGAAUAUUUGGAAAUGUAUGAAGUUUCUGGGAAAGAAUUGUGCUAACCUUGCGUUACCACUGAUGCCCGAGUUUCUAUGUCUUCACCCGUACUUUGAUACCCCAGAACCUGAGAUGGACGAUCCUGCUUAUAUCAGUAUAUUAGUUCUAGUAUUUAAUGCCGCUGCAGGAAAUCGUACAGCUUUACCAAUGUUUCAGGAACAUACCUGGAGACAUUUUACCUACUUGAGAGACAGUAUACCAGAACUGGUGCCAGACUUAAAGACUGAUGAUUCUAAAGAAGUUCUUGUGGAAAAUAUGGCACAGGUGGAAAAAUCUCACGAGGCUGCCACAUUUAUAAAAUGUACGGUGGAGAAGUUGUCUGAUCUCCGCUCACUUGAUACAAUAACUGCUAAACAACUUCUAGAAACUGCUGUCAGGGAUCUACAAAGAGUUAUAGAAUUAGACAUGAACACAUCAGCAUCAGCAGAAUGUAUAUGUUUGUUUCUACAGAGUCAACUUCUUAUAACACAGUUGAUGUCCCAGCAUGCCUACAUCCUCACAGGAAGUGUUACCGUUAGCAACCUGAAUGUUCUAGUAGACAAGGUCUUAAAUCUGACCAAUAGGCUGCAGACGCUUUUUUUAGGACUUGGAAACAAUGAUCUCUCUCUAAUAAAGCAGACGGAACUGAAGGCCUUGACCUUUAGAUUAGGGUCAACUUUGGCCAACUCACAAGAGCUGGCUACCCAGAUGAAAGCGCAGGAUGUGUAUACAAACUACCUUUGUGGUUUACAAAAGUUUUUAACAUAUACGGAUUCCCAUACAGACAGUUGCACAUCUUACCUAAUCUCGGAAUUAGUGAAUCUUAAAAGUAACCAGCUAUCCAAUGUACAGAAUGUGCUUCAUUCUGCCCUAAAACUUGUACGUCCAGUCACUUGCAUGUUAAUGAAUAAGGUGAGGAAGGCAUAUGCUGUUAUACACGAACCAGCUAAAGUGUCGGAUAAUCCUAUCAAGUUUACUGCAGGGCUUACAGCAGCUGUGUUAUUAAUUGCUGAUAUUGAAAAUGUGUCCCGGAUUGAAAAUGUGAGAGUUCAGGUAAAGUAUCCUGAUACAACUGUAGCAUUGACCAUACCUUCAUCACAUGAUGUCCGUAAGAGAAGUGCCCUCGGUCAUAGACUAACAACACAUGUUCUUCUCUCACAUGGGCACUGGUCAGAAUCGUGCACAGUUGAAAUAGGUGUAGUGAUUCUUUCGUCAUCUGCUGCCAAAACAAAGUUCAAGACCAAAUCAGCCUCCAGUAGUGAAGAAGACAGUAACGUCAUAGAACUCUGUAAACCUGUGAAAGUUCUUAUCUCACCUAAACCUCAUAAAAGAUAAAAGUAGAACAAAUGUGAACAUUAUAGUGAAAUAAAACUUGAAAGUUCUUAUCUCACCUAAACCUCAUAAAAGAUAAAAGUAGAACAAAUGUGAACAUUAUAGUAAAA